CUGCUGUUGAGCCCUUCCGCUCUCCGUACAGGAAUUUGUAGACUGCAUUACGUCAGUUAUCCUGUCAGCGGCAAGAAAGUAGCUCCGUCCAGAAGGAGUGUGGUUUCUUUUUUUCUGUGGAGAAUUCAAGGGAUUUGUGUGUUUUUUCCUGUCGUAUUCAGAGUCGGGAGUCCUGGGUUCCUGGGACGGAGAGGAAUGAAACUUUGAAGCGGCGCAUCACAGCUUCAGUAUGAACAGUUUGUAAAGGAAUUUGAGUAUCGACGACACUCGGAAAGUAGAUGGAGGAAUCAGAAGGUACAGGUGAUUGUUACUGUGCGGGAUGUGGGGGAAAAAUCCAGGACUCGUUUCACAUGAAAGUCCUCCACGACACCUGGCACAACGCCUGCUUUCAGUGUUCUGUGUGCUGCGACCACCUGACUAACUGGUACUAUGAGAAAGAUGGGAAGCUGUACUGUCGCAAACACUACUGGGAGAAGUUUGGAGAGCUCUGUCAUGGUUGCUCUCUGCUCAUGACUGGACCUACCAUGGUGGCCGGAGAACACAAGUAUCACCCUGAGUGCUUUGUGUGUCUGAGCUGCAAGGUGGUGAUUGAGGACAGGGAUACCUACGCCUUAGUCGAGCGAUCAAAACUCUACUGUGGAAAGUGCUACAAGCAGGUGGUCCUUACACCCAUGUUGGAAAAGCGCUCACACGACUCAGUCCUAGACUCCCUGCCCCACACAGUGACCCUCAUCUCAAUGCCCUCUGCAGCCAACGGCAAGAGGGGCCUUUCCGUCUCAGUGUUGAGGGACGUCAACGGCUCGGCGAGUGUUCAAGUCAAAGAAGUCAGAGGGAUGCUUAUUAGUCCAGAGGUGCGAAAUGCCAUCCAUGUUGGGGACAGGAUCCUGGAGAUCAAUGGCCUUCCUGUCGGGACAUUGCUGGAGGAGGAGGUGGACGAUCUUAUUCACCGCACCAGUCACACGCUGCAGCUGCUUAUAGAGUAUGACCCAGUCAGACAGCGUUUAGACCGGCUCAGGCUGGGAUCACCAAGAACCCGGCUGGGAGUCCCAGCUACCUCCCGCAUGCGUCUGUCCUCACCUUCUGAUGCGGUCCUGGAGAGAACCGACGUGGUUGAUGACGGCACACUGAAAAGGAGGUCUUUGAGGCGUAGUAACAGCAUAUGUAAGUCACCUGGGCCAACUUCUCCUAAAGAGCCGUCUUUUAUUAUACGAGACAUUGGGCGCUCUGAAUCCUUGAGAUCCUACAGUAGCUGCUCUCAUCGCAUCUUCCGGCCAUGUGACCUCAUCCAUGGCGAGAUCUUAGGAAAAGGCUUCUUCGGACAGGCUAUCAAGGUGACACAUAAAGCCACAGGAGAGGUGAUGGUGAUGAAGGAGCUGAUCCGUUGUGAUGAGGAGACCCAGAAAACUUUCCUAAAGGAGGUCAAAGUAAUGCGAAGCCUUGAUCAUCCCCAUGUUUUGAGGUUCAUCGGUGUGCUAUAUAAGGAUAAGAGGCUCAAUUUGAUAACUGAGUUUAUUGAGGGAGGCACCCUGAAGGAUUUCAUCAGAGACAUGGACCCGUUUCCAUGGGAGCAAAGGGUGAGCUUUGCAAAAAGCAUUGCUUCUGGCAUGGCCUACCUUCACACAAUGAGCAUCAUACACAGAGACCUCAAUUCUCACAACUGCCUGGUUAAACUGGACAACACUGUGGUCGUUGCUGACUUUGGACUGUCCCGACUCAUAGUAGAGGACAAAGUUAAGCCUCCACCUGAAAAACCUUCCACCAAGAAGAGGGUGUUCAGACGCAUUGACCGAAAGAAGCGGUACACUGUCGUGGGAAACCCUUACUGGAUGGCUCCAGAGAUGCUAAAUGGUAAACGUUAUGAUGAGAAGGUGGAUAUUUUCUCCUUUGGAAUUGUGCUUUGUGAGAUCAUUGGAAAAGUCUAUGCGGACCCAGAGUGCCUCCCCCGGACUCAGGACUUUGGCCUGAAUGUUGGGAAGUUUGUGGAGAAGUUCCUCCCUGAAGACUGUCCACCAGCUUUCUUUCCACUGGCUGUGGCCUGCUGUGGCCUCACACCAGACAACCGUCCACCUUUCCAGAAGCUGGAAGACUGGUUUGAAGCUCUGUCCCUCAACCAGGAGCUGGGGAUCCCCCUGCCAGCCGAAUUGGAUGAAUUGCAUCAGAGUCUGAGUCAACUCCACUGGCCUAAAGACGGCUCCCCAGCCCAGAGCACAGAUCAGUCAUCAACCCCAACAGCGUGCUCUCCAGACUCUUCCAGCAUGACAGACAAUGGCACCUAGGACCUGUGCCUCUCUGUUUUGACCCCUCUGAACUGCUAUACUAAUGCUGUGGAUGAGAAAAAAAGAGGAAAAUUGCAUUGAACCCGAGCCAUAUUAGAACUGGAUAACCUGAGGUAGCUGGACCAAUAUCCUUGUGUGGAACCUUAACUCUUGAGAGUGCCAGUGAACUGCAAUGUGAAUGGAAAGACACAUUUCAAAAAGACAAGUGUUAGUUAUAAAAAUGUUUUUAUUUUAUUUUUUUACCCUACUCGGCCCCCACUAAACACACGUAGGGUUGUACUAAUAUUUACUGUGUAUAAAGGCAAUAUUCAACUUUCUUUGGUCCUUUCCCUGACAGAAGACGAGCAUCUUUCUAAGGUGGAAGAACUCGAUGAGGUCACAUAUGACGUCAGUUUUGUUUUUCUGGUUCUGAGGUUGUUGUUUGCUAUGUGUGGAAUACACAGACCAGUCCUUGCCCAAAAGUGGACUCACUUCACUGCAGCAGCAAAGAAAACAAAGAUGCUUAACAGUCUGGGUGAUUGACAUGUCCAAGUAAACAGAGGACAGGGCUUGAAGAAGUGCGACUUAAGGCAGCAGUUGAAGCAGAACACACACUGACCCCGAAUAGUUUCAUCACUCUGAGAUUUGGCACAAUAUGGCGAAAAUGUUUUGAUUUUUUUGCAUGUAAGCACCACUGAUCUAAUUUUUGAGGAGAUGGUACAGGUACGGUUCUGUACUUUGUAGUCUAAUGAUUUGAAUUCAUUUCUUAGAAUUUUGAAUGAACGCUAUUUAGAUGUUUCAUGUUUACCACACUUAACAUUUUGUUCCAAGUAUCAAACACCUGAUGCCUUUUUUUUUUUUUUAAUGGGGCUGAAGCUCUUUUGGAAAGUAGGGCUGUUAUUAAUAAUUGUCAGAUAUAAUCAUGCAAGAGUUGACCAUAAAAAGUUGCUUUGUACAGAACUGGAUUUUUUUUUCUUAAGCAGUGUAUAUAAAUAUGUACAUAUUAUGCCUCUAAUUGGAUGUCAUUUUCUAAUGGGAACUCGGGAUUUGUAGAUUUUUAGACAUUUCGUCAAUGAUGGAUGUUUUUGCCUUUUUGCUAUCAUCAUACAAGGUACAGACGACCAGUUGUAACCACUAUUAUUUAUAUCACUGUAGUGUUUCAUAAAUAAACCUUCUGAAAGUUC